AGCAAGCUCCUAGACAGUAGAAUAUGAAGCUCACAGAUGCACUAAUCAGAUUGGGAUUUACACAGAGUCAUGCAGAUUAUUCAUUGUUCAUUAAGAGAACAAAAACAUCAGUGGUUAUACUUCUGGUAUAUGUUGAUGAUAUGAUGAUUACAGGUAAUGACCUUAGUCUUAUUCAACAAACCAAAGAAGUUUUGCAGGAUACUUUUAAGAUGAAAGACCUAGGAGAACUCAGAUAUUUCCUAGGAAUUGAAUUUGCUAGAUCACAAGAAGGGAUAGUCAUGCAUCAAAGGAAAUAUUCUCUUGAAAUCAUUUCUGAAGCUGGACUUGGAGCUGCCAAACCAGCUUCUACACCUAUUGAUCCUUAUGUACAGUUAACUACAAAGGAGUAUGAUGAAACAAAUGGAACAGGAAAGGAAGAUAAGUUACUGGAGGAUCCAACAGCAUAUAGAAGAUUAGUUGGAAAAUUGUUGUAUCUAAAUGUUACCAGGCCUGACAUUGCUUUUGCUACACAAACACUGAGUCAGUUUCUUCAUCAACCUAAACAAUCUCAUCUCAAUGCUGCACUUAAGGUUGUAAAAUAUGUCAAGGGACAAGCAGGACUAGGUGUAUUAUUAUCCAGCAAGAACAACAAACAGUUAAAAGUAUAUUGUGAUUCAGAUUGGGGAGCUUGUUUACACACCAGAAGAUCUGUUACUGGAUUCAUAGUUAAGCUGGGAGAUUCACUAAUAUCAUGGAAAUCAAAGAAACAAGGAACUAUAUGUAGAAGUUCAGUUGAAGCUGAGUAUAGAAGCAUGGCAAGUGCUGUUGCUGAAGUAGUAUGGAUAACAAAAUUAUUCAAGGAACUAGGAGCUGAUGUAGUAACCCCAGCCAUCAUUUAUAGUGAUAGCAAGUCAGCUAUACAAAUUGCUGCCAAUCCAGUAUUACAUGAGAGAACUAAGCAUAUAGAAUUGGAUUGUCAUUUCAUAAGAGAGAAAAUUCAGAAUGGUCUAAUUCAGACUGAAUAUCUACAUACCAAAGAGCAAGAGGCUGAUAUACUAACUAAAGGCCUCAACAAGUUUCAACAUGAAUAUUUAUUAUCCAAGUUUGGAGUAUUGAAUCUUUUCACUCCUACAAACUUGAGGGGGAGUAUUAAAGAUGGUAUUACUUAGUAAGUUGAGGUUCAUUAUGUAAUUAGUAGAAAUUAGAGGAGUAGUUAGCAAAUAGGUAGUUAAAGUAGUUACAAAAAUAUUCUUCUCUUUCUUGUAUAAAUACUAACUAAACAUGUUUGUUACAAGUAGAAAAGUUUUAACAAGUUGUAUAAUACAGAGAUGAGUUUUCUUCUUCUUCUAAACUUCAUCUGAGAAUCUGCACAUUGCAGAUUACUCACUCUUCAAAGUUUUCAAAUUUGAUACCUCAAGGUUAGUUUUGUGAAAAGAUGAAUUGAUAACUACUAAAUCUUCGCCGUGCAGCUACAGAAAGGCUUUGAGAAUGAUGAAAUCUGCUAAUCAUUGUGUCUUGUUACAUUUUUGACAAUCCAGGGGCUUUAGCUUAUUAAAGAUCUGAAGAGCUAGGUCAGGUGUGAGUCUUCACCGUGAAUUUCAAAUAUUGUGUUAUUAGAUUGUGUUUAGUCAUGUAGAAUCUUUAAUCACCUCCAAUAAUUUCAUGACAAUUUAAGGGCAUGUUUGGGCUGAAAGUUCCAAUCGUAAUAGUUGUAACUAAUGAAGGUGCUUCAAGCAGAGCUCUUGCCAUCGGAUGUGAUUAAUGUUCAACAUUUUAUGUUUCUAAGUUUGGUUCACUUGUACUUCAUCCAUAUUUUUGCUACUUAACUAUUAGGCAUGUGACAGUUUGAAGAAUAAGAAAAGUAGUUUAAUAAUAAUUUAUCAACCAAAAACAUGUAGUUUUCGCUUUAAAACAUGGACACAUUGUACAUAUGAUGUUGCGGCAUGGAUUUUGUAGUUAUUGUUUUUUACACUUGUUGCAUUGUUUCCUUGAAUAUCUCCAUCUUUUCUGUAUCUUUACAAAUUAUGCUUCUUUGAUCAGUCUUGUAGCUUGCUCUUCUAUAUAUUAUGUAUAUGAGUCUUCACAAGCAGCACCAACCUCCAAAGUUAUAGUUGUGAAAAAAAUGGUUUAUCAUUACUAAAAUUCUGAUUGGAUAGGCAGCUAAGAGCUCAAGAACAUUACAGACUUUGGAUAGCAGAUGCAAUUAUUCCAGUUAAUGGUUUGAAAGAAACAAUGUUUAGCUGGACUUUUAGAAGACGGAAAAAAGAUGCAAAACAUAAGAUUGUCGUUCCUUUAUCACUUAUGUUGACAAUGUUUUUGAUGAAGUAGAGAAGAAUUUUGCAAUAGUUCCUCAUCCCUCAUUUACUUUUCGUGCACUCACAAGUUUCUUGCUUACAUUGGAUUUAUUCGUAAAAAUUUAUCUUUUAUAAGGUUGUCUAUAUAUACUAUACUUCUAUAUGGGUGUGUUAUUGCCUUUCUUUUACUGUUGAAAUUUAUUACUUUUUCCAAUUUUUUUUUUUAAAAGAGUAGACACAACCUGUGUUCUAAGUUAAGCUUUUUUUUAUGAAAUAAUUCCAGUAGCACUGGAGGUGUUGUAUAUCAUAACAAAAGUUUAAAUACAACACAUUGAUAGAAACUAUCCAUCAAAAAAAUGGGCAAACAACACAAAAAUCAGCUUAUUGCCCAUCAAUACUGCAUCAAAAGGAGAAGCCUAACUAACAAAAAGAAAUUCCUUAUCAACUUUAGACCUUAUACUCGUGACUUGUCUCUUAUCCAGAAUGAAAAGUCAUUUUGCGGCCUGAGGAAGUUGUUGAGCCGAAAGAUAAAUGUUUCUAGUUUGAGAGUUCAUCACUGUCUUUGCGCCCGUCUGCAAGUUGAUUGGCUUCUCUGUAGCAAUGCUCAAACUUGAUACUAGCAAGACGUAGUAUUGAAGAGGUAGCUUCAAUGAGCAAGAGGGAAUGGUCUGUAGUAGCUUCAAUGAGCAAGAGGGAAUGGUCUGUAGGUUUGAAGAUUAACAGCUUCCUCCAUCGCGUGUUCAACACCAUUAACGACUUCCUUGCUCUGCUUAGCCUCCUUUUCCUGUAGAACUGAUUGAGGCCUAGCAAGAAAAAAAUAGUUUCAUAUUCCAACUUUUGAAUCAAAUGGUGAAUUGUCAUCCUCUAAACCAACCCAGACACUUUCCAAUUCCACUCUCACCUUAGCCAUACCAAGCCUAGUUUUGCUGUUAGUAGCAGAUUCCGUAUACAGAGAAAUAUGUAUAUGUCGAUUGAGUGUAUGUGAUUGCAUAUCUUAUGUAUCGCUGGACAUAAACUUACCUAUACCCAAGUCACAACAUACGAAAUACAUAGACGAUGUUUACAUGUUGUUGGGGGUACAAUUUGUAAUUUUUCAAAUAUAAUAAAACUUUGUUAUAAGAAAUACAAUUUACAUGGGA